AUGAUUAUCAAACACUUUUUUGAAAUUGUAUUUGUGUUGCUGUCCUCUUCCACUAUCUUCUCGCUAGAAUUGAAACUGGUUCUCUACAAGCAAAGAAGAGUGAACCAAGAAAGUUUAAAACUCUUGAAUAAAUUGCAAAGUUCAUCAGUUCUGCAGUGUCUACCACACAGGGAAAAGUUUCUGCUUCCUCAGCAGUACCAAAAAGGACACACAAUGGCAAUUCUCCACGACAUGCUUCUGCAGAUAUUCAACCUCUUCAGAAUAAAUAUUUCUCUGGAUGGUUGGGAGGAAAAUUACAUGGAAAAAUUUCUCAUUGAACUUCAUCAACAACUGGAAUACCUAGAGUCACUCAUGGGGCUGGAAGCAGAGCAGAUAAGUGGUAUCUUUGGUAGUGAGAACCUCAGAAGACAGGUUAAAAUGUACUUCCAAAAGUUCUGUAAUUACCUGGAAAACCAGGAAUAUACCAGCUGUGCCUGGACCAUCGUCCAAGUAGAAAUCAACAGGUGUUUGUUCCUUGUGUUCAGACUCAUAGAAAAGCUGAGCAAACAAGAAAUGGACCCUUGA